AUGUAUAUGCUCUUCGUGUUGUCCGCUAUUCGAUACGUCACCGUUCUUCAUAUUCCAUUCGCCAAGAAAUUUCUUGAACGACAUAGUUGUUUGACUAUCUUACUCUGUUGGAUAUGUGGUCUAGUCUGGGCUGUGCCACCACUGUUCGGUGGGUUCGGCUAUGUGCCAGAAGGUCUAGGUUUUCAUUGCGGUCUCAAUUGGCAAAAUUCAUCAUUGAACAGUCGUUUGUAUUUUGUAUCCAUAUUUCUGCUCGUGUAUUUUAUUCCUCUAACGCUAUUAUUAUACGCUAACAUGCGUGUUUAUCAUACCAUACGACAUCUCAUAUAUCGAAGUACAAUAAAUGAACCUCAGAGAAGUCAAUGGGAAUUAUUGCGUAUAUCUGCAUCUUCAACACGUCCAGCUAAAUUUUCGUCACAUCAAUUAAAAACAAGUUCUGGUAGUAAUACAACAAGUGAUCUGCCAAUGGAUGCUACUACAUACCUUUGUAAUCCAUGCAUUACUAUUACAGCAUCAAAAACCAUCAACAUAAUGAGAAAAUCAUCGAAUAAUACCGAUACUCCUGUUGCCGAACGAAUAAAAAAGAAAUCGAUUCGUACAAGAAACUUAUCAACGCUAGAAUGUUCUUAUUUACAUGAUGGACGCGACAUUCGCCGGCAGUUGUCCGAUAAAAUAAUUAUUCGUAACUCAGCUCGGCUAAAACGUUUAAAAGCUGACAAACGUUUUGCUUUGGCGACACUGUUUCUUGUCAGUGAAUAUUUAUUAAGUUGGACUCCUUACGCAAUUUUAAUUUUGUUAGAAUUAUUUGGUAUUUCAUCAUCAUCUAAAACACCCCUCCUAAUGACGGAGUGUGCAUUGAUUGCUAAACUAGCAAUGGUUCUAAAUCCGCUCAUUUACAUUCGUACAAUUGAAAUGAAUAAAUUAAUGCCACUAUUAUGUAAAAAACAUACAUGUAGGUCUCAAUUAAAAUGGCGUGUAAAAAGAGAUAUCAGACGAUUCAGUUUUUAA